GGAGGUGAACAGAGAAGGACAAGACAGAAAACUAGACUAGAAUCAAAAUAACACAAGAACCCAGACAGACCAUACUGAGCACUCCAUGCACUUUUAUUCCCGUUAAAGCUGAAAACACAAAGCGGACUGUACUUCACACAGUGCAAAGGUAAUUCUGGGUUACUUUGGUGACGUCGUCUCCACUGCUUCCAAACAACUACAUCAGUGUUUACUGCAGCUACAACCACUACUCUGCUGCCACAGCCUGUUAUCAUCCACAGCUCAGGAAUUAAUGGGUCGCCACGGCUGUUUGGACCAGUUCAGACACAUUUGUCUUAUCUGACUCCACUGCUGUGAAACAAAAACAGUGAAGAUAAAAACUGCUCAGGGUCAGACAGGAUGUCAACUCAGGAAACCAAAAGUAAAAACAAAAAACAACAGGUUGAUUAAAUAAAUCAGCCUCCCACAAAUGAACUGGAGGAUAUAAACACUCAUUAAACUCCAAAAUAACUCUGUGGAGCUUUGAGCACCACAGGAGUCGGGCUUUGGUUCGGCUUGCAUGCAGCUAAUCUAAACAACGCAGGAGCCAAAAGAAACUCCAGGUCGGGUUCACAGAUUCAGCCAAAGUCCUGCUUUGGACCGGAGAAGUUUUCAGGUUUGGAGGUCAGGAUGCCAGAGAGCUUCGACACUGAGAAGUUCGAGAAACGUUACUGCAUUCGAGGUAAGCAUGCAGUCAUCAUCUGUGCUACGGUGRUGGUUUGCUCCUUGACUGUGGGUUUGGGGGUGGGCCUAAGUGGGUCCUCCUCAUCCACAGCUGAAGCCACAGCUAAACCCACAGCUGAACCUACACAGCCUCCACCUGGCAGAGGGCCCUGCCAGCCUUCCUCUGAUUCCUCUGGGGACUGGAAGAACUUCCGUCUGCCUGACUACGUCAAACCGGUCCACUACGACCUCCACCUGGAGCCGGACAUGGUCCAUGACACCUAUACUGGCACUGUGGACAUUCAGGUGGAGGUCCGUCAGCCCACCCGUCACCUGUGGCUACAUAUCAGGGAGACGUUUGUGAGCGCCACGCCCAAGCUGAGGGUCCUGAACAGUCAGGGGGAGCAGAGGGAGGUGGAGGUGAAGCGCUGCUUUGAGUACAAACCUGAGGAGUACGUGGUGGUGGAGGCCACAGAGGAGCUGCCAGCCAAUGAAGCAGGAGAGCUUUACGUCCUCACUCUGGACUUCCAGGGUUGGCUCAACGGCUCCCUGGUGGGAUUCUACAGUGUGGUCUACACAGAGGAGGGGAUCACCAAGAAGAUUGCAGCAACCGAUCAUGAGCCGACAGACGCCCGAAAGUCUUUCCCCUGCUUCGAUGAGCCCAACAAGAAGGCCACCUAUUCCAUCUCCAUCACUCAUGAUGAGCAGUACGGUGCUCUGUCCAACAUGCCAGAACAGGGUGUGCCUGAAAAACUUCCAGGCAGUAGAGUAAAAACUUCCUUCCAGAAGUCCGUCCCGAUGAGCACCUACUUGGUUUGUUUCGCUGUUCAUUUGUUUGAAUAUGUGGAGAGAACUUCUGCCAGCGGUAUUCCCUUGCGAAUCUAYGCCCAGCCGAGUCAGUUGGUGACGGCAGAAUAUGCAGCUGACACGACAAAGAUUAUCUUUGACUACUUUGAGGAAUACUUCAACAUGUCAUACUCGCUCCACAAGCUUGAUAAGAUAGCCAUCCCUAACUUUGGUACUGGAGCCAUGGAGAACUGGGGUCUGAUCACCUACAGGGAGACCAACCUGCUGUACGAUGAGAACGAGUCGUCCUCGUCCAACAAGCAGCGGGUGGCCAGCGUCAUCGCCCACGAGCUGGUUCACCAGUGGUUUGGAAACAUCGUCACCAUGGACUGGUGGGAUGACCUCUGGCUCAAUGAGGGCUUUGCCAGUUUCUUUGAGUACAUUGGCGUGGAAAAGGCUGAACCCUCCUGGGGUAUGAGAGACAUCAUGAUUAUCGAUGAUGUACUUCCCGUCAUGGUGAACGACGCCCUCCUUACCUCUCAUCCAAUCAUCGUGGAUGUGUCCAGUCCUGCAGAAAUCACCUCUGUGUUUGAUGCCAUCUCCUACAGCAAGGGGGCGUCUGUUCUCAGGAUGCUGGAGGACUGGAUGGGCAGAGACCUSUUCAGGGACGGCUGCAGGAAAUACUUAAAAGACCACCACUUCCAGAACGCCAAAACAUUUGACUUCUGGACCGCUCUCAGUAGUGUGAGUGGGUUGGACAUUGCAGGGGUUAUGGACACUUGGACCAAACAGAUGGGUUAUCCUGUUGUGAAUUUGACAGUUUCGGGGACCAGUGCCAAACUGACCCAAAAACGUUUCCUCCUGGACCCUUCAGCUAACGCCAGCACACCUAUUUCACCUUUUGGAUACAAGUGGACAGUUCCAGUCAAAUGGCGUUCUGUGCAGAGUGAAAAAAAGAUGAUGGCGAUGUUUGACAAGGACAGUACAGAGCAACUCGUCACUGACUACACGCCCACAGAAGACGGGCUGCUGAAGAUCAAUAACGACCAUAUUGGAUUCUACAGAGUCAGUCAUGACGACGACAUGUGGACCAUCAUCAGUGAUCAGCUUCAAACCAACCACUCGGUUUUUAACGCAGCUGAUCGUACGAGCUACAUUGAUGAUGUUUUUGCUCUCGCGAGGGCUGAUAUUGUGGAUUAUGGGAAUGCGUUUAAUCUCACAAUGUAUCUUCAAAAUGAGUCCGACUACAUCGUCUGGAGUCGAGUGGCCUCUUCCAUCGCCUACGUUCGAGACAUGCUGUCCAAYGACAACGAGCUUUACACGCUGUUUCAGAAAUUGUUUCGUGAUCACGUUAAACCAAUCUCUACUCAGCUGGGCUGGAAUGAUGUAGGAACACAAACAGAAAGGUUGCUGAGGGAAAUUGUGCUCACCAUCUCCUGUCAGAUGGAUGACAAAGAGUCGCUGAACGAAGCCGCUCGUAUUUUUGACGAGUGGAUCCACGGUAGUCUCAGCAGCGUACCUGUGAACCUCAGGCUGCUUGUGUAUCGGUACGGCAUGAAGAGCUCAACCUCUGAGAACUGGAACGUCAUGUUCCAGAGGUACAAAAACUCAACUCUGGCUCAGGAGAAGGACAAGCUGCUGCACGGGCUGGCAUCUGUGGAGGACGUCUGUCUUCUCUCYAAGCUCCUGGAGGCAACUAAAGAUGAGAGCGUGGUGAGGAGUCAGGAUCUGUUCACGGUGGUGCGAUACGUGUCGUACAACCCGCUGGGUCAGAACAUGGCCUGGGACUGGACCACCUUAAACUGGAACUACCUGGUCAACAGGUACACCAUCAACGACAGAAACCUCGGCCGUCUGCUGAACCAAAUCUCAACCACCUACAACUCUGAGGCCCAGCUGUGGAAGAUGGAGCAUUUCUUCCAGCUGACGCAGAACGCCGGUGCAGGAGAGAUGCCGAGGAAGCAGGCGCUGGAGACGGUGAGGAAUAACAUCAAGUGGCUCAAGAGUAACCGGGCAGAGAUCCGAACCUGGCUGAUGAGCAAUGUGAAGUAAAACAAAAACCUUCGGGUGCAUCGUCAGAUUAUUUGGCGGUUUUAUAAUCCCACCUUGUUUCAGAGCCCUUUUUAGUGUUCGUCUCUCUGAAAAGCCAAAGACAUCGACCAGAAUAAAUAUUUUUUCAGAUUACUUUGUGUUAUUUAUCUCACUCUGAGCUGUCAGCUAUGAUGAAGGAAACCGUUUUGAUAGGUUUAAAUGACUAACACUGGUAACAGGAUGAAAAAUGAAAAUUAAAAACAGGGAUUUUAAUGUAA